GCCGCUGGUGAGGCCGCGGCUGGCGUUUCUCCGGUGCUGACGGGCCGCGGGGGCGGGCCCGGAGCUCUGGCGGCACCACGGAGGCUCAGGCUGUGUCCGAGGGCUCGCGGCCGGGCUCCGCGUGCCCGGAGUCGGCCCCUCCGGUGACGGUGCUGGUGAUGCGGCAGGACGAGGCCGCGGCGGACGGCACUCCGAGGCCGGGCCCGGCGGGGAGCGAGGCGGUGGCGGCGGCGGAUGCGGAGGACGAGGCGGGGGACGACGACGCCGACCUGCUGGACCCCUCGGACCCCGCGGGCGGCGGCGAGAGUGCGGCCAGCCCCGAGGAGCCCGAGGACGAGGGCGCGGAGGGCGGCGGCGCGGCGCGCAGGCGGGGCGCCAAGACCUGCACCUACCAGGGCUGCCGCGAGACCACCAGCCAGGUGGCCAAGCAGCGCAAGCCCUGGAUGUGCAAGAAGCACCGCAACAAGAUGUACAAGGACAAGUACAAGAAGAAGAAGAGCGACCAGGCCCUGGGCUCCGCCGGCGCCCCCGCGGCCGGCACGGGCAGCGUCAAGCUGGAGGAAAGCACAGACAACAUACUUUCCAUUGUCAAGCAAAGAACAGGAUCUUUUGGGGAUCGCCCUGCAAGGCCUACUCUUUUAGAACAAGUGUUAAAUCAGAAAAGACUGUCAUUACUGAGAAGUCCAGAAGUUGUCCAGUUUCUGCAGAAGCAGCAGCAGCUAUUAAAUCAGCAAGUUUUGGAGCAAAGACAGCAGCAGUUUCCAGGAGCACCAGUGUGAGGGGCUCACGAACUACCCUGGAUGAAUGGGCUUUUUAUACUGAUGGUGACGUCCUGAUAAUCAGGCACUGGUGGUGCCCACCUGGAAUCCCUGCGCUUGGGAGGCUGAGCUGAGAGGAUCCCAAGUUCAAGCCUGCCUGGGCUACUACGUAGCAAACUCCUUCCUCAAAACAGAGGCAGAGAGAGGCUGUAAAAGACACUUUCCUAUAAAUGUGCCUGUGCAUUUGGGGAUAAACAAGUAUUGCAUUUUUGCAUUGAAUCCUUUCAGAUCACUAUGAGUUUGAAAAAAGUCACCUUUACAGUUUUAAUAUUUUUCUUCAGUUGUCUCACUGAAGCUAAUGAGGCAGUUGCUUUCUGUGGAAGUCAUAGCAUAGUAAUCUCAAUUCAUCUAGCACCAUGAUCUCAUCAUGAGGCAUGGGAAAGACCGUGUUCUGGGUUGUAGUGACAACAAACAAAGCUGGGCUGGAGUGAGGGGCCAGGCAUACUGAAUGUUCUUCGGGGUCUGAUACUCUCACAGCUAAAUGUUACCUUGCCACUAGUGCACCUCAGCUGCAGUGAUAACCUGAGGUCAGAGCGCCAGGUCAGGCUCUUCUGAGAACCUUUCUUUACAGCCAAGGCUGCCGCUGUGAGAGCCAGGCAUGGUCAUACCUGUGAGGAAUAUCACUGAUCUCUUCAUGUAAGCUAGAGAGGAGGCAUUGAAGUGGGCACCUGAUUGUUUGUGUCCCUCUUCUUUAAAGCUCAUUGUCUCUGUUGAAUCUGUGGACAGUUCAGACAUACUCCGCCACCACAGCCAGGGCAGAAUUGGUUUUCUUGGAUGUGUUCUUAAUGUUCUUCAUAAAGGAGAGCCUGAAAAUGGUUUGUCAGUCAUUUUCAAAACUGCACUACUUUAGCACUCAUUCCUAAGUACUGUUAAAGGAGUCAUGGAUUAUCUGGGUGUGUAUAUAUAAUAUGUAUUUAUAUUUGUACUUUCUCCUAGGAAAACUUUAGAAAGGCAAAAAUACCAUAAGAUAGAGAAUAAAAUGUCAAUAAUAUAUCCAGAAGUAGGUUAAUAAAUGUGUCUCAAGAUGGACUCUGCAGAAAUGUGCUAGUUGGUUAAUUCCUAAGCUCUGAAAUGUAUAUGAUGUUAAAUUUACAGCUAUUACAAUAAGUACUCAAGAGCUGGGGAUACAGCGUAGCCUUAGAGCACCUGCCCAGCAUGCUCAAGGCCCUUGGUUCAAUCCCCUGCACCACCACAUUAAAAAAAAGGGGGGGGGGAGGAUGUUUUUCUUCAGUUUGUGUUGUAUAUUUGUGUAGCUGAAAAAGAUCCUUUUGCCAAAAGUAUUAAAGUCCAGUUGUUGACCUUUGA